AACAAUAGCAUUACUUCCGUUUGAUGGCAACAAGUUUAGCUAUGCUGUAAAGUGAACGUGGCACUGUGCACCUCAGGAUUUCAUACGAACCACCCAUGCAGCGCUGUCUCACUCUGACCCUUGCACGGCACAGCAGGCUCCUCUUGAGAAAUAAAUUUGUCAACUGCCAGCACUCAGCAGCCAUGUCAGGUCUGCUCAUCAACCAACCCAAAUACUCAUGGCUGAAAGAGCUGGGCCUGUCUGAGGACAACCCCGGUGUUUACAACGGGAGCUGGGGUGGCAGCGGGGAAGUCAUAACAUCUUACUGCCCCGCCAACAAUGAGCCGAUCGCCAGAGUUACCCAGGCUACUUUGGCAGAGUAUGAAGAAACCGUCCAGAAGACAAAGGAGGCUUGGAAGGCUUGGGCAGAUAUUCCAGCUCCGAAAAGAGGGGAGAUUGUUAGGCAGAUUGGAGAUGCACUUAGAAAGAAGAUCAAAGUCCUCGGGAGCCUCGUGUCUCUAGAAAUGGGCAAGAUCUAUGUUGAGGGAGUGGGUGAAGUUCAGGAGUAUGUUGAUGUUUGUGAUUAUGCUGUUGGUUUGUCUAGAAUGAUUGGUGGGCCUAUCCUUCCUUCAGAAAGACCAGGCCAUGCUCUGAUCGAACAAUGGAACCCAGUUGGUCUUGUCGGCAUCAUCACUGCCUUUAACUUCCCUGUAGCUGUCUACGGCUGGAACAAUGCUAUCGCUCUGAUCUGCGGCAACGUAUGCCUCUGGAAAGGAGCUCCAACCACACCUCUCACAAGUGUUGCAGUUACCAAGAUUGUGGCUGAGGUGCUAGAGCAGAACAACCUGCCUGGAGCGAUCUGUUCCAUGACCUGUGGAGGUGCUGAUAUCGGCACAGCCAUGGCGAAGGAUGAGCGUGUGGAUCUGCUGUCAUUCACUGGCAGCACUCAUGUUGGCAAGAUGGUGGGCAUGAUGGUGCAGGAAAGGUUCGGUCGUAAGCUGCUGGAGCUUGGUGGCAACAAUGCUCUCAUUGUGUUUGAGGAUGCUGACCUGAAUCUUGUGGUGCCCUCUGCUGUCUUUGCUUCUGUGGCAACUGCUGCCCAGCGCUGCACCACAACAAGGAGGCUGAUUCUGCACGAGACUGUUCACGACACAGUGGUUGAGAGGAUCGCCAAGGCCUUCAAACAAGUCCGUAUCGGAGACCCCUGGGAACCUAGCACCCUGUAUGGACCUCUGCACACCAAAGAAGCUGUGAAUCAGUAUCUGAAAGCUAUUGAGCAGGCCAAGCAGCAGGGCGGCAAAGUGGUCUGUGGAGGAAAGGUGGUAGAUCGUCCUGGAAACUAUGUAGAGCCCACCAUCAUCACAGGGCUUCCUCACAAUGCUCCCAUUGUUCAAACAGAAACCUUUGUCCCCAUCCUGUACAUCCUCAAGUUCAAGACAGAAGAGGAGGCAUUUGCUUGGAACAACGAGGUCAAGCAGGGCCUGUCCAGCAGUAUUUUCACCAAAGAUAUUGGCCGGGUUUUCCGCUGGCUGGGGCCCAAAGGAUCUGACUGCGGCAUCGUGAAUGUCAACAUUCCUACAAAUGGAGCUGAGAUCGGAGGCGCCUUUGGUGGGGAGAAACACACAGGAGGUGGAAGAGAGUCUGGCAGUGAUUCAUGGAAGCAGUACAUGAGACGUUCCACAUGCACAAUAAAUUACAGCAAGGAUCUUCCUCUGGCCCAGGGAAUCAAGUUUGAGUGAAGCCACAAAGCAGAACGUUGUUGAAGCAUUCAUUGAGCCCAAAAGGACAACACUAAAUGUUUCUUUUUACUAAUAUUGUGUUGCGUAACAAAUUCAAGACAUUUGUUUUUGCAUUUUAGGCCCUUCAGAGAUCAGUUUGAAUUGAGUAAAAGUUUGAAUAAUUUUGGUGUUGUAUCAAAUUUGGUCCUUGCUUCAGGUAUUAAUCCAGCCUGGAUUUGAAUAACAGUUUCAAAAUAGUCGUGUCAAACAAGGUUUUUCCAAAUAAGUGGUGUGCAUUUUUGUACAAACACUUGGAAAGUGAGAGCACUGUACCAGAUAAUGUAUAUUAAAAAAAUCUUACCUUUAUUUUGAGGAUAAAAACUGGAGCAGAUAUUACUGUAAAUUCAAAUAUGGUGGCCAAUAAAGGUGCAGAUGUACAUUGUUUUGGCAAUUGAC